AUGAGGAUCGCUGGAGGUGGGGGACAGGAAAUUUCGAAUUUCCUUCGGUGCGAUGGGUUGUCGAUUGGUCAGGCGGGGUCACGAUGCUCUCUUCGUUUCGCAAUAUCGGAAGGGUCAAGGAUGUGCCGUGUAAGAAUAAUAGUCGAGAUGACAACGGUUGGCAGGAAUAGAAAAAAAAAAUAUCCUGUUCGCCCUUUCAGAUCCUGCUCCAGCACAGCCGCCGUCGGACAUGGUAUUACAAGACUGCCUGAAGAAAGGAUCGCAAGGAGGACGGCAUUAAAGAUUUUUUCCGGUUGUUGCCGAAGGAAAUGUGAGUUAGCAGGGCAACAGGACGGAGCCGAUGGGAAGCAUGGUAUUUAUUUAGAAAAGAAAGUUGUACUCGGUACCGGUCUGUGA